AAAACAGCAGAGCAGGAAUCAAAACAAGAGACGGACACGCCUUCGUUCUUAAAGGUUAUAGCAGCUUAUUCUUUAUAACUGCUGCAUAAGAGCUGAACUUAACCCUGCCUGUCGUCCACGAGGACACCAAAACCCACACAGAGAAAACACUGCUGCAACAUUAACAACAACAACAACAACAACAACAACAACAACAACAAAAAAGCACCACUGCUGCAGAAAUGGAGUCCACAGAAAUGUCAGACACCGUUGACAGCAGCCGUUGAUAGAGGUCGAAAAUAACACUGACGUCCGAAUCCUGUACAAUGCCCAACCAGAAGAACAACAAGGGAAAGAAAAGCAAACGCACGAACAGCAGCGGAGAUGAGCAGGAAAAUGGAGCCUGCGCGGCCGCAACAGGAGGCGCGGCCGCGGCGGCUGCUGCACCCAGACACGAGCGCUCAAGUGAGGCCCAGUGUGCGACCCCUCUGGGCUGCAGCUGGGCCUGCCCCAUCAACUUGGAGAAGGACGACUACCAGCGGGUGCUCUGCAACAACGAGGUCUGCCCUUACGGCAACUGGAUGCACCUGCAGUGUUUCUACGAGUGGGAGAGCUCCAUCCUCAUCCAGUUCAACUGCAUCGGCCGCGCGCGAUCCUGGAACGAGAAGCAGUGCCGGCAGAACAUGUGGACCAAGAAGGGCUACGACCUGGCCUUCAGGUUCUGCUCCUGCCGCUGUGGCCAGGGCCACCUAAAGAAAGACACCGACUGGUAUCAGGUGAAACGUGCGCAUGAUGAGCGCAAGAAGAAGCCAUCUGAGAGGAGCACGGGCAGGAAUGGGUCCACUGGAGGGGCAGCGGGCCCUGGGGACGGGCUUUUUGAGGAGCCCAAGAGAAGCAAGCCUCUUGGAGCAACAGGGGGAGGUAAACUUCCCCACAGAGCCUCGAGUCAGGAGCUACCUCGAAGACAAUCAUUGGACCGUCAGAACUCUACAGAGAGAGGAGCAGCAGGAGGAGGACUCCCUACAGGAGGACCCUUCUCUCUGGGGCCUCCUCAGAAGUCUCCAAGUGACUCCCCGGGACAGUCUCCUCCAGGUGCUUUCCCUUUUUCCCCCACUGCUAUCCUUGGAGCAGCAGCUGGAGGAGCAGGAUUGCGAGGUUCUCGUCAGCUGGGAGAGUUCCUCAAAUCAGCUGUCCACAUGGACCCGCAGAGGAAACACCUGCUGCUCGGAGGAGCGCUCAGUCGGGGCGGCUGCUCGAUGGGAGCCUCCGGCUGUGGAGCUCACCUCGACCCCGGGUCUGUAAUUCCCCUGCCGCUGUCCUUCUCCCUCCCGCUCCACCAACGGCUCACCUCGGGCAGUGUGGGUGACGGCUCCCACUCUCACCCAGUGCAGUUCCUGAGGAGGCUGGACCUCUCGGAGCUCCUCACCCACGUCCCCCGACAUAAACUCAACACCUACCACGUCCGCAUGGAGGACGAUGCCCAGGCAGGCCAGGGAGAAGAGCUGCGCAGGUUUAUCCUGUCAGCACUCAGUGCGAGCCAGAGAAACAUGGUCAACUGUGCGCUGUGCCACAGAGCGCUGCCCGUGUUUGAACAGUUUCCUCUGGUCGACGGGACUCUGUUUCUCAGCCCUUCACGCCACGACGAGAUUGAGUACGACGUGCCCUGCCACCUUCAAGGCAGGUUAAUGCACCUUUACGCCAUCUGUGUGGACUGUCUAGAAGGCGUCCACAAGAUUGUAUGCAUCAAAUGCAAGUCACGCUGGGACGGGAGCUGGCACCAACUGGGCACCAUGUACACCUACGAUAUACUGGCUGCUUCACCGUGUUGCCAGGCACGUCUCAACUGUAAGCACUGCGGGAAGCCGGUGGUGGAUGUCCGAGUCGGGAUGCAGUAUUUCUCUGAGUACAGCAACGUCCAGCAGUGCCCUCACUGCGGCAACCUGGACUAUCACUUUGUUAAACCUUUUUCCUCCUACAAAGUACUCGAGGCAUAUUGACAAAUGCUGUUCAUGCAGGCUAGUUAAGCUGCUUUUGUUCUCAAUCUAGGAAAGAUUUUUAUUUUUUGGGGCCUUAAGGUGAUUUUAUGUUUUUAAGUUCUCUCUUAUAGGUUUUUUUUUUUUUAUGUUUAGGAAAAAGUAUGACGAGUUUAAAAAAAAAGUUCCAUGACAGUAUAUCUCUGCUGUGAGAGAAAGGUGUUGAUAAAGUGUGGAACUGACACAUCAGUCAAGCAACCACAUUUAUCCGUGACAAGUGAAUGUAUCUGUAUGCCAAAACUUGCUUUUAUUUUAAUUUUUUUACCAAAAACAUGAAUCUCCAAUAAAGCAGAGAAAGAUA